AGAGAUUCUCAGAGCCACUGUCUUUUUUACUCUGAUUUUUCCUUUUUUUUUUGUGUUUCUUUCAAAUUCUUGUACGAUCAUCCAAUUUGGUGUCCUCUGCGAAAAUAGGAUUCUGGGUUCUCCGAGGAUUAGGAGUGCAAGAUCGAGUAAGAGUUGCAGAAGAAGAUGGUUGCCUUUGGGAAGAAGCUCAAGGAACGGCAGAUUGAAGAAUGGCAAGGCUAUUACAUCAAUUACAAGUUGAUGAAGAAGAAAGUGAAGCAAUACACUCACCAGAUUGAAGUUGGAUCAUUGGAUCGCCGCCAUGUUCUUAAAGAUUUCUCCAGAAUGCUGGAUAAUCAGAUCGAGAAAACUGUUCUUUUCAUGUUGGAGCAACAAGGCUUGCUCGCGAGUAGGUUGGAGAAACUAAGGGAAUGGCACGACUCUCUUCAAGAUCUACCCGACAUUUGUCAGAUAACCGACCUACGAGAAGCUUAUAGAGCUGUUGGUCAAGAUCUUCUCAAGCUUCUGUUAUUCGUCGAGAUGAAUGCCAUCGGUAUACGUAAGAUACUGAAGAAAUUCGAUAAGCGAUUUGGUUAUAGAUUCACGGAUUAUUACGUGAAGACCCGAGCUAAUCAUCCUUACUCUCAACUGCAGCAAGUGUUCAAGCAUGUGGGUCUGGGAGCUGUUGUCGGGGCCAUAUCACGCAAUCUUCACGAGCUUCAGAACAAUCAAGGCAGUUACUUGUCAAUUUACGAUCAGACCGUUCUUCCUCUUCAGGACCCGGUGGUGGACUCGAUCAAGGCGGCUGUAGACAGGCUGACGCGAUCGACGAACUUCCUCAACUUCAUGGCUCAACAUGCACUUAUCAUGCAAGAAGAGUUACCAACUUCACAAGACGAGGAAGCGGACGAAGAGGGGCGAUACCACUUCAUGUCUCUCUUGCUGAAUUUGGCCAACACUUUCCUCUAUAUGGUCAAUACAUAUAUCAUCGUCCCGACGGCAGAUGACUAUUCCAUGAGCCUUGGAGCCGCGGCUACGGUCUGUGGUAUCGUGAUCGGGUCCAUGGCUGUGGCUCAGCUGUUCUCUUCGGUUUAUUUCAGCGCCUGGUCCAACAAAUCCUACUUCAAACCGCUCAUUUUCAGUAGUAUCGUCCUCUUCAUCGGAAACUUGUUAUACGCUUUGGCUUACGACUUCAAUUCAAUCGCUGUUCUCUUGAUCGGUCGUCUUUUCUGCGGGUUGGGUUCGGCGAGAGCAGUGAACCGAAGGUAUAUAAGCGACUGCGUGCCAUUGAAGAUCCGAAUGCAGGCUUCUGCAGGUUUUGUCAGUGCCAGUGCUUUAGGAAUGGCAUGUGGACCUGCUCUUGCCGGUUUGCUUCAAAUCAGAUUCAAGAUUUACAAGAUUACCUUCAACCAGGAUACGUUACCCGGUUGGGUUAUGGCCGUGGCUUGGCUUAUUUACUUAGUCUGGUUAGCUAUCUCAUUUCGGGAGCCAGCCCGUGAUGAUGAGGAGGAGAGUCAUACUACCGAGGAGGCUAACUCCGAAGCUGUUCAAAAUGGGAAUUUGGAGAAAGGUCUUAAACAGCCGCUUCUGAUAACAUCGGAGGAAACGGAACAGGAAGAAGAAGACGAGUGUGAUGAAAGCGAAGAAUCUCUCGAGGAUUCCCGCAAACCCGCAAACUCCAUCGUAGCUGCUUACAGAUUACUCACUCCUUCCGUCAAGGUUCAGCUUCUGAUAUACUUCAUGCUUAAGUACGCGAUGGAGAUUCUGCUCUCCGAAUCAAGUGUCGUGACCACUUACUACUUCGGAUGGUCGACGAGCUCGGUUGCAGUCUUCUUGGCAUGUCUUGGUCUUACAGUUCUUCCAGUUAACAUCGUCGUCGGAAGCUACAUAAGCAACAUGUUCGAAGACCGGCAAAUCCUGUUGGUUUCCGAGAUUAUGGUCUGCCUCGGGAUACUUCUCAGUUUCCAUAUCGUUGUCCCUUACACCGUUCCGCAGUACGUUUGCUCGGGACUCAUCAUGUUCGUCGCUGCGGAGGUUCUUGAAGGCGUCAAUUUAUCGCUGCUAUCGCGGGUAAUGUCCUCGAGGCUAUCCCGAGGGACAUACAACGGUGGUUUGCUGUCGACGGAGGCGGGAACGAUAGCUCGUGUUAUCGCCGACGCGACGAUCACUGCCGCAGGUUACUUGGGAGAGAGUAUGCUCUUGAACGCCACCCUUCUUCCUUCCCUUGUCAUUUGCGUAGUUUCCAUUGUUGCUACUUGCUUCACAUAUAACUCCCUGUAUUAGUGCCUCUUUUAUAUAUUUCGCCCCAUAGAAUUCCAUAAUUGUCAAUUAGGCCCCUUUUUUUCUUUUUCUUUUUCUUUUUGCCUUCCCUUUGAUCUCCUCCUCAGAAAAUUUUGGUCUCCUUUGUAUUUUCGUCGAUGGAUGGUUAUAGAUUUGAUAUUUGGAUGUAUGAAUUAAUCAUAUACGUUUAUUUAUUA